GAUGAUGUUCUGAUGGAUGACAGUGAGGGUACCGUCCCUGCUGUGAAAGGAUGGAGGCAAGACGCAAUGAAUGACAUCCUCCACAAGGGCUUUGUCAAUAUGGAACGGCUCGUGGAUGAGCUCAGUCAUCAAACUUCCAUUCCCACUCAUCAAGUCAUCUCAUUGUGGAACAAGAGCCAUGCUCGCACCAUCAACAGUGUCAACCACUGGAAUGCAUAUAGCAGCUACUUCAAAGAUAAUCUCAAGCAGGAGCUUGACAGACUCAGUGACAAGGCUCCUGACAUACCAGGAACCCCAAGUGCUACUGUACGCCGGAACUGCUAUGAGUUAUUUAAAGCAGCGUAUCCUGACAUGUGGCAGACUAUUCUAGAG